CCUUUGGCACAAUAGUAUUAUCAUUUAAUAUUGACGCAGAGACUUUUCACGACACAAAAGUAAACAACGCACGUUUUACGGCAGUGAAUAUGGCUUCUCACUUCAGCGGUGUGCUGCAACUGACAGAUCUCGAUGAUUUUAUCACCCCUUCUCAGGAAUGUGUCAAACCUGUCAAAGUAGAGAAGAAACAAGGUAGAUCUGUGGCCAAAAUUCAAAUAGAAGAUGAUGGCAGUUAUGUCCAAGUCAACCAGGAUGGUGGGAAGAAGAAGCUGGAGAAAGCAAGGAUCACACUGAAUGACUGUUUGGCCUGCAGUGGUUGUAUCACCUCUGCUGAGAGCGUCCUCAUCACACAGCAGAGCCACGAGGAGCUCUUUAAAGUGCUGCACAACAACAAGGUCAGUGGGACAGAGCAGAAGUUUGUCGUGGUGUCCGUGUCACCGCAGUCCAGAGCUUCCCUUGCAGCGCACUAUGGCCUCAGUAGCAGUGAGGCAGGCAGGAGGCUUACGUCUUUCUUCAAAGGCCUUGGGGUUCAUCAUGUGUUUGACACCAGCUUCAGUCGGACCUUCAGCCUGCUCGAGAGCCAGAGAGAGUUUGUGGAGCGCUUCCAGAGGAAGGAGCAGGACAGCAAAGCUCUGCCCAUGCUAACGUCGGCCUGUCCAGGUUGGAUUUGCUAUGCAGAGAAGACCCACGGGGAGUUUAUUCUUCCAUACAUCAGUACCACUCGCUCCCCUCAGCAGAUGAUGGGUUCUCUGGUUAAAGGUUACUUUGCUGAGAAACAGGGACUCAUUCCGCAGCAGAUCUACCAUGUGGCAGUGAUGCCCUGCUUUGACAAGAAACUGGAGGCCUCGAGGUCAGACUUCUACAUGAACAAAGCUGAGACUCGUGAAGUGGACUGCGUCAUCACCUCUGGAGAGGUUCAGAAAAUGUUGGAGGAGAAAAAUGUGUCUCUUAGUGAUGUGGAACCUGCACCCCUUGAUGCAAUGUUCAGCAGUGUCAGUGGGGAUGAGUUCCUGAGCCAUGCUGGGAGCGGGUCAGGAGGUUACCUCCAUCAUGUCUUCACCUAUGCUGCAAAGCAUCUGUUUGGAGAGGAGGUGAAGGAGCUCACCUACAAGACCCUCAGGAAUAAAGACUUCCAGGAAGUAACCCUAGAGAAAGACGGAGUAGUCCUUUUGUGCUUUGCAUCCACAUAUGGCUUCCGCAACAUUCAGAACCUGGUGCAGAAGCUCAAGAGAGGGAAGUCGCCUUAUCACUUUGUAGAAGUCAUGGCCUGUCCAUCAGGCUGUCUAAAUGGUGGCGGUCAGUUGAAGCCCUUACCUGAUCAGAACCCAAAGGAGCUCCUCCAGAAGGUUGAGGAGCUCUACAAGGCAGAGCGCCCCCUGUCGCCAGAAGAUGACACUCGUGUGGCUGAGCUGUACCAGUCCUGGCUUCACAGUGUAGGGGAGGAACGAGCCAAAGAGCUGCUGCACACACAGUACCACACUGUGGAGAAGAUGACUAACGGGCUCACUAUGAAGUGGUGAACAAUGCCUCUGCUACAAUUCGUGAUCAGUAGGCAGGAUGUUCUUGCAGAAUUGUAUUUUUUUCCACUUUUCAGCAGACACUGACAGCAGAACCGUCCAGGUACAUGUGACUUUUGUCUCUCUUCAAAGAGAUCAGUUGUGGAAGAAUAUUUGAAGAUAAGCACGUUUCAUGUGUGCCAACACCCUUUAAACCCAGUUUUCAUACAAUGUUCAAGACAAAUCAUAAACAUGGUGUGUUAAUUUGCCCUUACUCAGCUGAUUGUCCUUUCUCGUGUAUAAUAAAUAAUUCAUUCAUGAGGAGCAUGUUACACUUUGAAAAUGUAAGCUGAAACAACACAAAGCAAAAUAUAAUCAUUCCUUGUUCAUUUAACCUUAUGAUUAUAUAUAAAUAUAUAUAAAAAUAAAGACAUUAUUUAAUUGUA